CCGUGUCACCAUGUCCCUCCUGCGCCCGCUGCUGCUGGCCCUGGCCCUGGUGGCUGUGCCGGGUGCCCAGGGGGCCUGCCCGGUGCCGGCCGACCUCAAGCGCGAGGAUGGGACUCGCACCUGCGCCAAGCUCUACGACAAGAGCGACCCCUACUACGACAACUGCUGCCGGGGCGCCGAGCUCUCGGUGGAGCCGGGCGCCGACCUGCCCUUCCUGCCCUCGGACUGGGCCAACACGGCGUCCUCGCUGGUGGUGGCGCCGCGCUGCGAGCUCACCGUGUGGUCCCGCGCGGGCAAGGCCGGCAAGACGCGCAAGUUCUCCUCGGGCUCCUACCCGCGCCUGGAGGAGCUGCGCCGGGGGAUCUUCGGGGACUGGUCCAACGCCAUCUCCGCGCUGUACUGCAGGUGCCCGCGCCCCGGGGCCGCCCCAGCCGCCCCCCAGAGACACCAGUCCUGGGUGUCCCCAAGUCCAAGGUCCCCCGGCACCUCACCCCAGCCUGGGCCAGGCAGCCCCCGCCCCUUGGGUCCCUCAGCUCCCUAA